GCGCGUGCGAGUUCACAGUCACUCUCUCUCUCUCUGAAGUAAAACCCUCCCAUCUACCACACUCCCCCAGACCACCUCCACGGAGCUCGCUCAGUCCUCAACUCCUCUCCAUCUUCACCAUCUUGCUUGUCUCUCUAAAAAGCACACACAUUGGGGCUUAAAAGCCACUCUCAUUCUUUGAGAGAACAAAAUGGCGCUGCUUCCCCUUCUCUUCAUCGCAUCACUCUCACUCUUUCUCACUCCCGCACAGUCCCAGCUCAGCCUGGACUACUACCACAACUCCUGCCCAAGAUUCAACCAAAUCGUGCAAGACACCAUCACCAGCAAGCAGAUCAACAGCCCCACCACCGCCGCCGCGUCCCUCCGCCUCUUCUUCCACGACUGCCUCGUCAACGGCUGCGAUGGCUCCAUUCUUAUCUCCUCCACGCCCUUCAACUCCGCCGAGCGCGACGCCGACAUCAACCGCUCACUCCCCGGCGACGCCUUCGACGUCGUCGUCCGAGCCAAGACCGCCCUCGAGCUCGCCUGCCCCAACACCGUCUCCUGCGCCGACAUCCUCGCCGUCGCCACGCGCGACCUCGUCACCAUGGUCGGCGGUCCCUACUACAAUGUCCUCCUUGGACGCAAAGAUGGGCUGGUCUCGAAAUCUUCGUAUGUGGAAGGCAAGCUUCCCAGACCCACGAUGUCUCUCUCUCAGAUUAUCGAGCUUUUCGCGUCCAAUGGGUUCUCGAUCCAAGAAACCGUGGCUUUGUGCGGUGCUCACACAAUUGGGUUUUCUCAUUGCAAGGAGUUUAGCUCCGGGAUCUAUAACUUCAGCAGUUAUUCUCAGUACGACACGCAGUACAAUCCGAGGUUCGCUCAAGCUUUGCAGAAGGCUUGUGCCGAUUAUCAGAAAAACCCCACGUUGUCUGUGUUCAAUGACAUCAUGACUCCCAACAAAUUCGACAACAUGUACUUCCAGAACCUGCCAAAGGGGUUGGGGCUGUUGAGGUCCGAUCACGGGUUGUACAGUGAUCCGAGAACGAAGCCGUUCGUGGAGACGUACGCAGCGGAUCAGAACAAGUUCUUUGAGGCGUUCGGGAAGGCAAUGGAGAAGCUGAGUGUGUAUAAGGUCAAUACAGGGAGGCAUGGAGAGAUUCGGCACAGAUGUGAUGAGUUUAACUGAUAAUCAGUCGGAAUUUUUUGUGUGUUAUGUUUUCUAAUUGUUGUUGUUGUGAUCAUAAGGCGGCGGUGACGGUGGUGAGGAUGAAUCGUUUUUGAAUUCUUUUGGGUUGUGAGGAACUGGUAAUAUGUAUACAUGAUUUGUAUCAAACUAUCAAUGUCAUAAUUUUAAGGCCUAAAUAUACUAUAUUUGAUUUAUUUUC